CUGUUUCAUUUAUUUCUGUUCUAAUUUUUAUUAUUCCCCUCUGCCAACUUGGGGUUUAGCUUUUCUUUUUCUAGAGGUGCAAAGUUAGGUUGUUUGAGAUCUUUCCUUUUUGAAUGUAGAUGUUCCUUUCUAUAAACGUCCUUCUUAGUGCUGCUGUUGUGGUAUCCUGUAAAUUUCAAUCUGUUGUGUUUUCAUCUGUCUUAAGAUAUUUUAUAGUUUCCCUUUUUGAUUUCUGUGACCCAGUAGUGUUUAAGAAUGUGUUAAUUUCCAAUAUUUAAAAAUUUUCCCCUUUUCUGUUGAUUUCUUGUUUCAUUUCAUUGUGAUUGGAAAAGAUACUUAGAAUGAUUUCAGUCUUAAUGUUAAGACUUGUUUUGUUAGCUAGCCUAUGAUCCACCCUGGAGAACGUUGUGUGUGCUCUUGACAAGAAUGAGUAUUCUGUUGCUAGUGGGUAGAAUGUUCUGUAAAUACCUUCAAGGCCUAUUUGAUCUGUAGUGUUGUUCACUUCUGAAGUCUUUGUUUUUACUGAUUUUCUGUCUGGAUGACUAUUGAGAGUGGGUAUAUAAGUCUCUUACUGUUAUUUCAUUGCUGUUUCUCCCUUCUGAUUGGUCAAUGUGUGCUUUAUAUAUUUAGGUCCUUUUGAUGUUGGGUGCAUGUGUAUUUAAAACUGUUACAUCUUGUUGAAGGGACCAUUCUGAAGUUACAGAAGGACUUUGUCUCUCAUGACAGUAUGUGAUUUAAAGGCUGUUUUGUCUUUUUAAGUAUUGCCAGACCAGCUCUCUUCUGAUUACCAUUGUAUGGCAUGGGAUAUCUUUACCUUGUUGCUUUCACCUACUGUAUGUCCUGAAAUCUAAAGUGAAUGUCUUGUAGACAGAAGUUGGUUGGGUCUUUUUGUUAGGGAAGUUGAGUUCAUUUACAUCUAAAGUAAUUAUUGCUAGGUAAAGACUUAUAUUGCCACUUGGUUAAUGGUUUUCUCUUUGGUAGUUUCUUUGUUCCUUUCUCUUACUCUUUUGUCUUUAUUGUGGUUUGAGGAUUUCUUAUAGUGAUAGGUUUUGAUUCUUUCCUCUUUAUUUUUGUGCGUUAUAGAUUUUUUUUUUGUCGCUACCAUGAGGCUUACAUUGAAUAUUUUUACAGUUCUAGAAGUCUCUCCUAACCUGAUAACUUCAGUCGUAUGUGGAAACUCUAUACUUUCUCACACACUCAUACUUUGAUAUUUAUGUCAGAUUUUAUUUCCUUUUAUAUUGCUUUUCCAUUAGUAAAUCUGUGAUUAUAGUUGUACUUUUGCCUUUUAACUUCCAUACUUCUGUGAAAAAUGAUUUACACAGUAUUACAGUAUUCAGUGUAAAUUAAUUGGUUGUUUUGGUCCUUAGUUCAUCCAGAGAGAAGAUGAAGGAGAAGGGGAAGGAGAGCCAAGCCCUGUUCUGUAUUUGUGGAAUCCUUUCUGUCCUUUCCUCUUGGUGCUCCCUUAAUUUUGACCAUGUCUUUGCUUAUAAUUGUGCCCUCAUUUUAUUUAUUCAUUCCCUCCUGGUGAUUUCCCACCUUUUUCUACAUCGGUCAUCUUUUGUCCCUCCCCUCCCUAAAAUACCAUCAUAGGCAUCCCCAUUGCCUAUAGGAAAAAAAAAAAAACACCUUGCCCUGUGAUUUGUGCAUUUGUGCACAUGUGCUGUCUCUCUCUCUCUCACACAUACACACACAUCCAUGCAGUAGAUUCUGUAUUGUCGCUCCCAAGAAUUUGCAGUGUCUACCAGAUAUUUCUGUGACUCCUUGCCCUUGCUAAUGCCGUGCCUCUUGGACACAUGGUUUAUCUUUCAAGAUUAUUCUCCAGGGCAGCCUCCAGUGAGGCUUCACUUGACGUCAGGACCUUGAACAUGACUGCUGUCUUUGUGUCUGCUCCUUCUGUAAUAUACUUCCAUUGCAGCCUGAGGUGUGAUCACACCACACGGAAGUCUCCUGUCCAUCUCGAUCCACCAGGGCUCCAGGGCUCACUGUCCUUCCGAGACGUGGCUGUGGGGUUCACCCACAAGGAAUGGCAGCACCUGGACGCCGCUCAGAGGACGCUGUACCGGGAUGUGAUGCUCGAGAAUUACAGCCACCUGGUCUCAGUAGGCUGUCAGGUCACCAAACCGGCUGUGAUCUCCAGGUUGGAGCGAGGCCAAGAACCGUGGAUGGAGGAGGAAGAACUCGUCAGAUGGAGCUUUCCAGAAGCAAUUUUGCAAGUCGACGGCCACGCAGGCAGACCACGGGAGCACCGAGCCACACUUCUGCGGAGCGGCGCCUUCCUGGACGGCCAGGAACCGACCGAGAGAGGGCCCCGGGCCUCCAUCCGCCAGAAGGCAGACCUUGAUCCCUCACAACGGCAGGGAUGCGCCUGUGACUCGUGUGGCGCGAGUCUGCCGCGUCACGGAGACGGUAGUCCCACCGCCUACCUGGCCCGGAGGCGCUUCGAGUGCGACGGGCAGGGGAACGUGUUCCUCUACUCCAGGCCCGACGGCCCGGCUCCGGGCGCACGGCCGCGGCAGUGUGAGCGGUGCGGGUGGCCGGGAGGCCGGGCCCGCCGCGGGGAGCCCUUCCCCGAGGCCGGCCUCUCCAGCCGCCUGGGCUGCCAAGAGCCGCCCCCGGGGUCCGGCCCAUCGCUGCCCACCGCCCUUCUGGCCGGGGGGAAGCCCUACAAGUGCUCCGAGUGCGACAAGACCUUCUCGCACAAGUCCCGCCUCGUCGAGCACCACCGCUCGCACACGGGCGAGAAGCCGUACGGCUGCGGCCAGUGCGGCAAGGCCUUCUCCCGCAAGUCGUGCCUCCUGAUCCACCACCGCAUCCACACUGGGGAGAAGCCGUUCGGCUGCGGCGAGUGCGGCAAGGCCUUCUUCCAGAAGUCGCACCUCAUCCUGCACCGGCGGACCCACACGGGUGAGAGGCCCUAUGAGUGCGGCGAGUGCGGGAAGGCCUUCUCGCAGAACUCCUGCCUCAUCAUCCACAGGAGGACCCACAUGGGCAAGAAGCCGUACGAGUGCUCCGAGUGCGGCAAGACCUUCUCCCAGAAGGCCAACCUCAUCCGCCACCACAGGAUCCACACCCGGGAGAAACUGCACGGCUGACGGGCACAGCCGCCGUGGGCCUCCCUCCCGCGUCCCCGCACGUCUGGGAACCAAGGACAAACCUCCGCGUGUCCCCCGCGCGCACCACCCUUCAGUGGGAAAUCCGGUGCCCCCCCCCCCCCCGGGAAGAGAGCGCGACCGAGGGGAAGCCCCUCCCUGGACCGUAGCGAGGGGAGGGUGAGGACACUCUAGAGCCACCUGUUUUUACAGGAGCUGCCUCACGACAGAGGGGAUCGCUGUGAAUUCACUCUGGUCGUUGAGCUUUCGAGUCUGUAAAUAAAUAUAAUCAUUUAAGACAACAGCUGUGAGCAACAUGGGAGCAGUCCCUGGGACGGGGGCAUUUAGGGGUUAUGUUCCCAACGAUGCUGCAUAGGAGGAAUUUUAUUUGUCAACCGCAGUGGUAAUCCAACAGAAUUGUGAGCCUGGAGGCACAGCCACCAGACUGUAGAGAAUGACCUCUAUGGAGCCCCCGCACUAAAUCCUACCCUUUGGUCGCUGUAGGGUAUGUUAUACCCGGAACGGUACGAACUUAUUAUUAAACCAGGAGUCCGUGCACCGUA